CGUAUUCAAAUAUCGUCUUCUUUCGCUUUUGCUCUGCAUCUCCAUCUCUCCUUCUCUCCCUCUCUCUCUCGACCUUCGAACGCCGGCGUAACCGCCACAAACUAACCAACCGCUUCUCCCCCUUCAGGCCGAGGGACGCACGCACGCACGCCACGCCCCCACGAUGCCACGUGGCCUCUUCGCCUGCUUCGGCAAGCCCCACGUCCACUCGUCCGCGGCGGCUGCUGCUGCUGCUGCGGGUGCGGCGGAGGACCAGGGAGGGGCGGUGCUGGUGGAGCUGUUCUCGUCGCAGGGGUGCGCCACCUCGCCGGAGGCGGAGCUGCUGCUGUCGCGGCUGGGGAGGGGGGACUUCGACGUGGAGGCGCCGGUGGUGGUGGUGCUGGCGCACCACGUGGACUACUGGGACUACACGGGGUGGAAGGACCCGUUCGGGUCGAGCCAGUCCACGGUGAGGCAGAAGGCCUACGUGGAGGCGCUGAGGCUCGACACCAUGUUCACGCCGCAGGUGGUGGUCCAGGGCCGCUCCCAGUGCGUCGGCACCGACCAGGACGCCUUGCUCUCCGCCAUCGCCUCCGCCCCUAGAUUCCCUUCGCCCACGCUCCAGGCAAAUUUCCAGAGGCCGUCGCCAGAUUCUUUUCAAGUGUCGCUGUCUGGAGCAUUGAGGAUGAAAGUGGAAGGCCAGGCUAAUGUGAUGGUGGCGCUCUAUGAGAAUGGAUUGCUGACCGACUGCCUGAAGGGAGAGAAUAAAGGGCGGGUCUUAUCGAACGAUUUCGUCGUGAGGAAGCUCGAGAAACUGUGUACUGUCAAGGACAUUUCGGCGAAGAAGACGGUUUCGGGAACUGUUAAUUUCUCAUUGUGGGAAGGUUUCAAGAGCAGCAAAUGCGGGAUCGCGGUCUUCGUGCAGAGCAGUGCUCACCAGAUCUUCGGGUCGCAGAAUAUCCUACUGCCGGAUAAUAUGUGAAAGCGGGACGAAAUCUUCCAUUCUUUGUCACAGCAUCAGGGCCUCGAGUUCUGACCAUUUAUGUACAGGGUGUCUGGUGGCUUAGCACCGUGUUUUUUCCUUUCUUAAGCUCCCCUGUUUUGGGCUGCUGGUUGGACUUUCUUUUGUCACCGAUUCAUUUAGGAGGUAGAGCAUAUCCGGCUUUCAUUCUAGAACCCUUUGAAUUCUAAAGUCGAGGAUCUUGUGAUCCUUCACUGUUUGGGACUCGUUACAUUGUGUGACUGUAUUGUUUCUCUCGGAGUUCUGUCAUCAGGAUUUGAAAAUUCUGCUAACAUAAAGGCAAAUUUACAGUUGAUA